CACAGCAGCAGAGGAGGAGGAGGAGGUGCAGGCUUCAAAUUACAGGCCGCCCCCUCUCUCUCUCCUUGUGACCCAGCCCCCCAGCACACAUCCAACAGAGGAAACGGAAAAGACGAAACACACAAGAGGCUUUUUCAUUUCAAAAUCCCGGGGCUGUGGAAGGAACAGAGAGUUCAUCCUUUUCUUUUAAACCCAAACGUGUCCACUUUUAAGGAGGGGGGGGCUUCAUCGUCCGACCUCAACCCGGACCCUUCCUCUGGCUUAUUUAUUUUCCCACAUCUGUUUCUUUUUCCCCCAGCUGUUUGCAGCUGGCAGAGCACCCGCCCUGUUUGGGGGAAAAAAAAGAGUGAUCGGAGGAGGAGAGAGAGAGAGAGAGAGAGAGAGAGAGAGAGAGAGAGAGAGAGAGAGAGAGAGAGAGAGAGAGAGAUGGCACCCCAACCUCCCCAGCCUCCGCAGGUGAGGAAGAACAUGCUGAAGUUCCUCCGGAGCUUCUUGGGGAUCAGCCGCAUCCUGCAGAUCGUGUUCGGCGCCGGGCUGUGGGUCACCAUCGCCGCCAACAAGUACGAGGGCUCCAUCCACUUCGUGCUCUUCGUGGCCGUGCUCUUCUGGCUCCUCACCCUCGGCCUCUUCUUCAUCACGCUGCUGGACAAGCAGGACCUGGUGCCGCUGCUGGGCGGGGAGCGGUGGCUGUGCACCAACCUGGCGCACGACGUGGCCGCCGCCGCGCUCUACCUGCCGGCCAUCGGCGUCAUGAUCUACAAGACGGACCGCACCUCGUACUGUAACAUGGAUGUGUACAAGCACUUCUGUCUGUACAAGGUCUACCUGACGGCCGCCGUGUUCGCCUGCCUCUGCUGCGUCUCCUACCUCCUGUCACUGGUGUACGGGGCGCGCAGGAGGUGCAGCGGCGAGCAGACGGUCAUCUGAUGCUGGGGCUGGAGAGGUGUGCUGGAAGAGGGAUCCACACCAAGAUGAGGAAUAGUUCACUUCACUGUAAUUCAACCCAACGGCUUCUCCAAAUCUCAGAUCCAUCCCUUUUGUCUCCCCACAGCUCAGUGAUGAGGCAGCAUCAGUCUGUGGCCUUAUGUGUUUCUGUGUUGCUGACAUGAUAACAUUCCAACAUCUUCUGGUAAAUGGGGCCUAGAUACCCAGGAUGAGAGUCUGACUGGAGUUAGUUGGUCAAAGUAAAACUCUUUUGAAAUGUUUGUGUCCCCUCUUGCGUAUUAUCGACUAACUUAAUGUCUCCCCCCUCUCACAGAAUCAUUAUAAUGUUCCUGUCGGGGUUUAUUAGAGUGUUUAUGCAGUGAGUUUACAGCACAGUGCCUUAACACGAUGUGUUUUGUAGAUAACUCCUGGAAUCCCAGGUUUCACACUUUAGUCUCCUCAAACCAAACCGUUAUCCUUAGUGAUGUGACAGCAUCACUCACAAUCAGUCUGUGGCCUUAAAGUCAGUGUGUUUAUGGGUUUGUUGACUUGUAAACAGCCAAGCAGCUUUUGGUGAAGAGUCCUCGAUACCCAGGAUGAGUUUUUGUUAGGAGGGCAAAGUAUUCUUCUUCUCUGUGAAGGCACAAGUCUUUGUCCCCCAGUCGUUUAUCAUUACUUUUAUCGACUAAUCUAAUCUCUAUCCCCUCUUACAGAAUCAUUAUAAUAUCCCGGUUGGGACCUAUUAUAAUGUGUAUGCUGUAAGUCUACAGUACAACGCCUUAACAUGAUGAGUUUUGUAGAUUUGUGUUGGUACUCAGUAGUUUUCGCAAGGGGACUAUUUUCGAUAUCUUUAUAUAAAUAUAUUUUGUAUCUGUUUAUAUGUUUUGUACGAAAGCAAACUGAAGUGAAAUGGACUAAUUUGCGACCAUCCUGUUGACCUUGCAGCUCUGUUUUUGUUUGGUGUCACUCUGUUGCCUACAGUUUUAUCAGUGUCGUCUGUUAGAAUGCUGUUUAUCAACAAGGUUGUGACGACAACAGACCGAUAACGUGGAUGGGACUGGUGCUACGAUGUCUAUGCUGAUCCCAAAGUAUUUAUCAUGUAAAGCCAAAGAGCCAAAAAGAGCAAGAAUAAAGAGGAGUAAGUCAGAGACAGUGAGAUUUUU